AUGGUGAGCAGCCAGGCCAAGUACGAGCUGAUUCAGGAGGUGGGGCGGGGCAGCUACGGCGUGGUGUACGAGGCGGUGGCGCGGCGGACGGGCGCCCGCGUGGCCGUGAAGAAGAUCCGCUGCCAUUCGCCGGAGAACGUGGAGCUGGCGCUGAGGGAGUUCUGGGCCCUCAGCAGCAUCCAGAGCCAACACCCCAACGUCAUCCACCUGGAGGAGUGCGUGCUCCAGCGGGAUGGCCUGGCCCAGAGGAUGAGCCACGGUUCCAGCUCCCCUCUCUACCUGGAGCUCGUGGAGACGUCGCUGAAGGGCGAGAUCUCCUUCGACCCGCGCUGCGCCUACUACCUGUGGUUCGUCAUGGACUUCUGCGACGGCGGCGACAUGAACGCCUACCUGCUGUCGCGGAAACCCAGCCGCAAAAUCAACACCAGCUUCAUGCUCCAACUGGGCAGCGCCUUGGCCUUCCUCCACCGCAACCAGAUCAUCCACCGAGACCUCAAGCCCGACAACAUCCUCAUCUCUCAGGCCUGCACGCCGGCCGGGACCACCGAGCCCACCCUCAAAGUGGCCGACUUCGGCCUGAGCAAGGUCUGCUCCACGUCGGGUCUCAACCCCGAGGAGCCGGCGAACGUCAACAAGUGCUUCCUGUCCACGGCGUGCGGGACGGACUUCUACAUGGCCCCCGAGGUGUGGGAGGGGCAGUACACGGCCAAAGCCGACAUCUUCGCCCUUGGCGUCAUCAUCUGGGCCAUGGUGGAGCGGAUCACCUUCGUGGACGUGGAGACGCAGAAGGAGCUGCUGGGGAGUUACGUCCAACAGGGGGAGGACAUCGUCCCGCUCGGGGAGGCGCUGCUGGAGAACCCCAAAAUGGAGCUGCUCAUCCCGGCGAGGAAGAAGAGCAUGAACGCGGGGAUGAAGCAGCUCAUCAGGGAGAUGCUUUCGGCCAAUCCUCAGGAGCGGCCCGACGCCUUCGAACUGGAGCUCAGACUGGUGAGGAUCGCGUGUCGAGAACUGGACUGGGACACGUGA